AUGCAGGCCAUAAUCACCAAGUGCACGACAAACCAACCAGAAUUAAAGAAAGAUUACUGCAUAAUUGGUGCUGGACCAUCAGGACUACAGUUAGGUUAUUUCUUACAUAAAGCCGGAAGAGACUACUUGAUCUUUGAACGAACCAACACAUCUGGCGCAUUCUUCAUAGACUAUCCAAGACACAGGACAAUGAUCAGUAUCAAUAAACGGAAUACUGGAAAAACAAAUAAGGAGUUUAAUUUGAGACACGAUUGGAAUUCUCUUCUAAGCGACGAUGACAGUUUGCAGAUGAGGCACUAUUCUGGAGAUUUCUUCCCACACGCUGAUAUGUUUUUGAAAUAUCUUCAAGAUUAUACAAAAAAACUUGGUAUCAAUGUCAAGUACAAUACCAAUAUUGUUAACGUCAAAUCAAUAAAUAUUACUGCAGAUCAACCACGGUUUCAAUUGCAGGAUCAUUUUCAUAAUAUAUAUGAAUGCAAAACUGUGAUUGUUGGAACCGGAUUAUCCUUGCCAAAUAAUCCGUAUUUUAAAGGCUUUGAACAUACAGUGGGAUAUGAAGAUAUGUCAAUAGAUAAAGCUGACUAUGAAGGGAAGACGGUAUUGAUAAUGGGAAAGGGGAAUUCAGGAUUUGAGACUGCUGAUAAUAUCAUAGCAAAUACCAAUUAUAUCCACUUAAUUUCCAGAACACAAUUCAAAUUAUCAUGGGAGACUCAUUAUGUUGGAGACGUAAGAGCGGUGAAUAGCGAUUUAUUCGACACGUUUCGAUUAAAAUCACUUGAUGGAAUAUAUCAAGCGCCAAUAAACGAACUUAAGUUAAUAAAACAAGGUGACAAGAUUUAUGUGGACACUAUUCAAGGCGAUGUAUUUGAGUUGAACUCAACUGUGCACAAAGGAAUAGGAUCAAUUGAUAAAUUCGCCCUCAGAGAUCCAUAUGAUAUCGUUAUUCGGGGUGUACAGGUUGAGCCAGGUAUAAUCAAAGGGAAAGAGAAGUAUCCUGCAAUUACCCACAGUUAUGAGGCUGUCAAUGUACCAGGAUUAUUCUUUACUGGCACCAAUACUCAUUCUUUAGACUACAAAAAAUCAGCUGGUGGAUUUAUACAUGGUUUCAGAUAUACAGCUCGGGUACUUAGCAGAAUAUUGGAAUUUCGAAAUCACAAUGUCUCUUGGCCAUCUGUUACACAACCUACAACAGAACUAUUAAAUCACAUUGUUAAACGUGUCAAUGAAGCUUCUGGAACAUAUCACAUGUAUGGUUUUCUCGGCGAUGUUGUCAUAUUAUCUAAAAAUGCUACAACCUAUACAUAUCUUGAGGAGUUCCCAAUCAAUCUGAUUCACCAGUUACAUGAGAAGACGGGACAUGCUGCUCAGGAAGUACUGGUUAUCGUUAUGGAGUAUGGACAAUACAAAAACUUUCAGUUUAUUGGUAUUCCUGGAAAAGCUCAUCUUUCGUAUUUUCUACACCCAGUUUUAUACUACUAUGAUGCCUUGCCAUCAAAAAAAGCGAUGUCACAGUCGCCAGCAAGGACUAUGGUCUUACCCAGACCCAGAAAAAUACAUCACAUCGUAGAAGACUUUCUAACAGAUUUUACUGCCCCACAAAGUCACAUCUUGCUGCUACGUCGGUUUCUAGAGUCUUGUCUCCAAACAGAUCUCCGUAAUUUAUAUGACAGUCAAUGUUUCUCCAUGGCAAUGACUAGUAAAUCACUGUCUUCAAUGUGCCGAGAUUAUGACUAUCAACUCAAGAUGGGUUCACCAGGUGAAUUUGAAACAAGAAUACCUAUUCAGAAACGGAAACAAUUGGCCAGAGUUAAAAUGGAUUAUAUGUGCGUUGGGUUAGCAUUGACUUUAUUCUGGACUUCAAUCCAUGCAAGUGAUCUGAUUCAGAUGGACGUUGAUGAUGUAUGUGAUACAGAUAAUAACGUAUGCUACAAGUUCUGUUACAAUGACAAACAGAAUUGGACCAAUGCCAGGCAAGUAUGUGACAAUUCUUACGACAUGAUGGCAGUUGUCAACGACGUAGAAGUACACAGGAAAAUACGAAAGCAUAUCAACUCCCAAACCGAUACCUUAAGAGAGUGUAUGGGUAAUGGUUACUGGAUUGGAGCUACUGAUUCUGUGAAUGAGGGGCAAUUCGUGUUCACUAAUGGCGAGCCAUUACCAACAGAUUAUGAAAAAUGGUACGACGGACAACCAGGCAAUAGUGUUCAGCAAGAUGUCGCUGGGCAAGACUGUGUUCAACUAUGGUAG